AGAGGCGAGGCCGGGUGAAGCGCCGAGGGCGGCCCGACGGGCGCGGGACGGGACGGGGCAGCGCGGGCGCCGGGAGCUGCGGCCCGGAGUCGGGGCGCCUAGCCCCGGGCCCCCCCAGCAUGAAGACCCCGGCGGACACAGGGUUUGCCUUCCCAGAUUGGGCCUACAAGCCAGAGUCGUCCCCUGGCUCGAGGCAGAUCCAGCUGUGGCACUUUAUCCUGGAGCUGCUGCGGAAGGAGGAAUACCAGGGUGUCAUCGCCUGGCAGGGGGACUACGGGGAAUUCGUCAUCAAGGACCCUGAUGAGGUGGCUCGGCUCUGGGGCGUCCGCAAGUGCAAGCCCCAGAUGAAUUAUGACAAGCUGAGCCGGGCCCUGCGCUAUUAUUACAACAAACGCAUUCUGCACAAGACCAAGGGGAAACGGUUCACCUACAAGUUCAACUUCAACAAACUGGUGCUGGUUAAUUACCCUUUCAUCGAUGUGGGGCUGGCUGGGGGUGCGGUGCCCCAGAGCGCCCCACCAGUGCCAUCGGGUGGCAGCCACUUCCGCUUCCCUCCCUCAACGCCCUCCGAGGUGCUGUCCCCCACCGAGGACCCCCGCUCACCACCGGCCUGCUCUUCAUCCUCAUCUUCCCUCUUCUCGGCUGUGGUGGCUCGACGCCUGGGUCGAGGCUCAGUCAGUGACUGUAGUGAUGGCACGUCAGAGCUGGAAGAGCCACUGGGAGAGGACCCCCGGGCCCGACCGCCAGGCCCUCCAGAGCUGGGUGCCUUCCGCGGGCCCCCACUGGCACGCCUGCCCCAUGACCCUGGCGUCUUCCGAGUCUACCCCCGGCCCCGGGGUGGCCCUGAGCCCCUGAGCCCCUUCCCUGUGUCGCCUCUGGCCGGGCCUGGCUCCCUACUGCCGCCUCAGCUCUCACCAGCUCUGCCCAUGACGCCCACUCACCUGGCCUACACUCCCUCACCCACGCUGAGCCCUAUGUACCCCAGUGGUGGUGGGGGCCCCAGUGGCUCAGGAGGAGGUUCCCACUUCUCCUUUAGCCCUGAGGACAUGAAACGGUACCUGCAGGCCCACACCCAAAGCGUCUACAACUACCACCUCAGUCCCCGCGCCUUCCUGCACUACCCUGGGCUGGUGGUGCCCCAGCCCCAGCGCCCUGACAAGUGCCCGCUGCCGCCCAUGGCACCGGAGACCCCACCGGUCCCCUCCUCAGCCUCGUCCUCCUCUUCCUCCUCCUCUUCCCCAUUCAAGUUUAAGCUCCAGCCACCCCCGCUGGGACGCCGGCAGCGGGCAGCUGGGGAGAAGGCUCCAGCGGGUGCUGACAAGAGUGGUGGCAUUGGCAUUGGCGGCGGCUCAGGGGGGCUGGCGGAGGGGGCGGGGGCGCUGGCCCCACCGCCACCACCACCACAGAUCAAGGUGGAGCCCAUCUCGGAAGGCGAGUCUGAGGAAGUGGAGGUGACUGACAUCAGCGAUGAGGAUGAGGAAGAUGGGGAGGUGUUCAAGACCCCUCGUGCCCCACCUGCGCCCCCCAAGCCCGAGCCCGGCGAGACACCUGGGGCAGCCCAGUGCAUGCCCCUCAAGCUGCGCUUUAAGCGGCGCUGGAGUGAAGACUGUCGCCUGGAGGGGGGUGGGGGCCCCACUGGGGGCUUGGAGGAUGAGGGUGAGGACAAGAAGGUGCGGGGGGAGGGGCCUGGGGAGGCCGGGGGGCCCCUCACCCCAAGGCGAGUGAGCUCUGACCUCCAGCACGCUACAGCCCAGCUCUCUCUGGAGCAUCGAGAUUCCUGAGGGCUGUGGGCAGGGGGCCCUGUUCCCCCCACCUCCCAUGCUUCUUUUGCUGCCUUAACCACCCCCCCCCCCCCAAGCCCUGGAGGUAAGGACAGCUCUCUGGUGUCUUCCCUGCCUCCUCCCCUUUCCUGCCCCAUGUUUUGUAUAAAACUUUUAAUUUCUUUUUUUUAAUGGUGAGGGUGGGUGGGUGUCCAGGGCUGG